AUGGCGACGCGAGGCUCCGACGCGAUGGAGGCCUCCGUGGUCCGCGCGCGUCGGCCGUCGUUGCUCAUCGGACAGCGCUCCCUCGACGUCUACAACGACGGCGCCGACCAAGGUUUGUUCACCAGACGACGUGCAUCAACUGAAAAGAGUGGAGAGCACAGAAUAAUGAGUCGGGAAGGGUGAGCCUUCAGAAAGGGUGGAAAGGCUUCAUAGAAAUGUUCUUUUAGGGUAGCAAAGGUUCCUUUUUUUCCUGCUUUUUGCGCCCUUCCAUUGGCUCUUAUGCACCACUUUUGCUGCCUCUCCCUUUUUCCACCAUUUCUUGAGCCUUCAAAUUUAUUGAAAACAUGGGAGGCUCGAUAAAGAGACUCUUUUUGCUGUCUUUUGUGAGCCUCUCUCUUUUAGCGGCCAUUAUCCACCAUUCCGACUUUCUUAGGAACUCUAGAAUGGUCCCUAUAGGGGCAACCUUCGCGGUCCUUGGAGGUUCCCUCUAGGGACCAUUCUAGACUUUACCUACCCCUAUAGAGGCCACUAAAGCUUGCAUUAGGGGCAUACCAGUCGAUAACUUUCCUGAACUCUAAGCGAAGAGCAUUUCCAUGGGAAAAAACUGAAUAAAUAAGCGUUUUUUGAAUGAAAUUGAAGGCCCAUAUAGGGUCCUGUUUAGGGGCUAAGAGGUCAGACUUUGAACCCCUAUAGGGACCACCUUAAUUUUACCUUUAUUGGGACCACUUGUUCGGCCCCUAUUAGGGUUGUUUUCCACCCGAACCCCUACAGGGACCACUCUGGCACCCCUAAGUUGCCCGAGAAAAAAGGCCCUUGGAAAUGGCUUAGGCGCCUCAAAUGCUCCCGAACCCAAAAUAUUUUCUUCUAAAAAGAUUUUGUUCUGACUUCAGGUCCAAAAUUUGUUCGAUGGAUAAUCAAGAUGUUCCGCAAGUGGGGCUUUUUCAUAGCCAAGCACGCUUGGGUCGCCAUCGCCCUAUGUCUUCUCAUUUCCGCUCUUUGCAUCACCAAGAUACUCUUCACUAAGUAAUUUUUUAUCACUUUUUUCUUGUAACCAAAUAUUUUAGACAAGCAAACGACAUUACGGGUUAUACGCCCUAUGGGGCGCGCGCAAAAGACGAGUACAUUGAGUACCAAAAGUUCUUUUCUAGUGAUGGUUUGUUUUUUUCUUGAAAAUAAACGUAUUUUAAAGGAUUUUAGAAACUUUAAAGAUUGUGCAAAAUUUUUAGGCUUACCGGUAGCAGCUUAUUUAUUUAUCGUUGCCAAAGACAACGGAAGUAUGAUUAGGGCAGACUAUCUGGAUGAAGCCGUACAGGUAUCGAUUCCGAUGAAAAGUCGAGAACGAGUAGAAGUUGUAGGUUUUGAACUACGCAAUGAACAACAUCACGAUGCACGACUCGACCACCGGCAAAAACGAGAGCUACAACCAGUUUUGCAACAGUUUCUGCCAGAUAAACGAGCCUGUCCGGCAAUUUUACGUAGGAAGAAAAUUGGAAUAAAGAGGGUAGUUUUGGGUUCAGAACGGUUACCAGAUCUUGAGUGAAGCAGGCGCCGGCGGGAACCCGAGACUCAAGCUCAGCUAUCCGAUCAGCGACAUGUUCGGAAGACAGUUCAGUUUGCAGGUACAGCUAAACGUCUACCUACUAUCUUAUCAUAUACCUUUUUUCAUAAAACCUUCAUUUUAAGCCUAACUUUUUUGGAGUCGAACUGUUUGGAGAAGAGUCAGAAGACGCCGUUCCGAAGCUAUUGACCGACGGUGAAGAUCCUCUAGGUGAGCGAGAUCUUUCAGAAUCUCUCAUACGCCAUUCAGAAUUGAACGCAACGAAAUUACGUGACGCAACAAGUCAUAUAUCAAAUAUAAAGUCGGUGAAAAUGAUCACGAUGCAAUUCCGCGCCGAGCACAAACCCGGUUGGAAAGAUUCCGACGUCAAGAAUUGGGAAAUGAAGCUUGUCGACGUCUUCGAGAAGUUUUUGGCUUUUGUUUCUCUUCGAUUGCUUUUUUUUCAGACGCUAUCAAUCGAAAAGACUCAAAAUUUACGCGUAUUCUCAAUCUUACGUUGAAGAAGAAAUGGUCAGAGGUUGGUCUGCAAAACGUUUUUGGGUAUCUCUUUUCGAAAAUUCAGGAGGAAUAAUCAUGAUUCCCUAUCUCGUCGUCGGAUUCGCCAUCAUGUGCCUGUGCAGUAUCAUUUCGGUGUUGAUAAGAGCUCUCUACAUGCAUCAGGAAAACUUUUACAAGGCAAUUCUGAAUCUCCCUACAGAAAAUAGAUGUGGUUCCAGAUAAUUCUGGCUAUAAUGGCGUGUCUGACGCCUCUUCUGGCCUGUUCGACGGCUCUCGCCCUGAUGUUCGUCUGCGGCGUCAGGUUCGCCUCCAUCCUGUGCGUUAUCCCCUUCCUCGUCCUCUCCAUCGGUUCGUUUACUCAAUGCCAAACGAACUUUGAAACCAAUUUGAAGGUGUGGACUCUUCCUACCUGAUGCUUCACGAAUGGCAAAGGGUCACCAAACAUAUUCGCGAAACGCCGAGCAAAAAAGACAGUGUUGGGCAUCGAAUGAGCGAAGUUUCUCUUGUUCAUCUCCACCUAGACAAUCUCCCUACUCGCUUCAGGUAAUGGCGGAAGUCGGUCCAGCGAUUCUGAUAUCGUGUCUGACGAACAUGUUCGCCGACGCCGUCGGCUCCUUCACUUCGAGUCCCGAAAUAACGCUACUCUGCACCGGAAACAUGCUCUCCAUGUGGUUCGCCUUCCUCUAUCAGGUAUGCAGCUUUCGUUAUCCCUCUUAUUAGUUGCAUCGGUAGAUUCUGGGAAAAGGACAAAAAGAGAAUCAGAAGAUAUGCAGAUGACGUUCUACGCAGGGCUGAUGUCCAUUGUCGGAGGCUUCGAGUUCACUGAAGACGAGGUGGAUAAGAACAAAAUGGAAAUCAACAUCGCCGAAAACCGCGUGAACAUCGCUCGACAUCAUCGACCUCUCACCGUUAGUCCGACUUUUUUUGCAUCUAUAGAUAGCUCGGCCUUUUUUUUUUUCAAAUUCUUACUCAUACUUUAGAAGGGAAUCCUUGGAAAUGCUUCUCAGUUUUUACUUUAAAUAAUCGACUUGAUAAUCGCUUUUUUUAUUUAAAUUCCAUAUGUUUCGUUCAUCUCAAGGAAUCUAUCUGGCUUAUAACUCAAACUACCAGAAAUUUAUAAUGCUAUAAUUUUUACGCAUUCGGCACCCUUUUGAAAAAAAAAUUAAUAAUAAACAAUUAAUUUCGCUUUUUUUGCGCGUCGCUUUCUGUGCAACGUGGGCACUGCGUACGAAACAUUUUAUUUUACGCUGACACAGUGGGCUUGGCGUCGAUUUGGUGUCGCCGUGCAGAACUCUGUUUUUUCGCAAUUAACUCAUUCUUUUGAAUGUCAAAUCGACUAUAUUAAAAGAAACAUAAAUUCAAAGUUUUGAUUGAAAAGAGUGACGUUAAAAGAGAGACGUGUUUCUUUUAAGUUUCUCCGAAAAAUGGCUUUUCGAACAACGUUUCCGUUCCAUCUCAAAGUUUUUUUCUUAUCAAGUUUGUAAUGAGAAGGUCGGCUUCUCAGGUAAACAACUGGUUCUUUUUUCUCACGCCGUUGUCGUACAACACAAAACUCGUCUUGACGCUUAUGUUUUGCCGUAUUUCUGAAUGUGGGCAAUGAUCGUGACCACUUGGAUCAAAAACCUUGAAAUGUGUAGGGUCAGAUCUCAAAGGUUUCUUCGGCAAACACAAAAAUGGGGUGACGUCAAAGUUUCCUGAAUCUUUCGUACCUACGAGUACGUACUUCACCUUUUAUGCAAUAUUAUUCUGAAAUUAUUUUCAAGUUCAUUUCAGAUCAUAAAUCAUGAUUACCCACUUUACUCAUAGCGCUUUCCGUGGGAGAACUUAGGAACUCCAGAGUGGUCCCUAUAGGGUCAACCUUAGGGCCCUCGGACGAUCCCCUCUAGGCACCACUUUACCAACCCCUAUAGGGGCCAUUAAAAAUUGCAAGGCGCUCCCUAUAGAAGUUGGUAAAGUGGUACCUAGAGGCGAUCCUCCAAGGGCCCUAAGGUUGACCCUAUAGGGACCACUCUGCAGUUCAGCACUAGUGAAACUUCUCCCAAAAAUGAUUUCUAUACCCAAAACUAUGGACCAUUUCGCAGCGCAACACUACGCCGCAAGCAUUCUCUUUGACUUUUUAUUACUUUUUCUCUUCUUUCCUUUUUUGCUCAUCAUAUACACGAAAUUUCAGAGACAACCGUCGAAAUUCCACGAAGCAACACAGCCGAUAAUCAGCGAAUCUCUUCAAAAAUAUGUGACUCUGAUGACGACUCCCGUCGUCUUCACCGCCGUCUGCCUUGUUUAUCUGGCCUACCUGGUUUUCAGUGUUUACGUAAGGCUAAAGUUGUUAUUGAAAAUAGAAAAGUUUCACGGUUAUCAGGGGAUCACUCAGCUCAACAUCAAUUUGACUGCUCAAAAGCUUUUCGCUCUGGAUUCACCUCUCCUCGAGGUGAGAUUCAUUUUUUAAAGUCAGGCAAAUCUGAGAAAGAUGUUGGGAAAGGUGAUAAACGGACGCUAGAAGGUUCUAAGAAUGUCUUUAAAAGGUUUUAAAAAGGUUGUUGGAAUAUCCGCGGAAUCUAAAAGAUGGAAAAUUCCGACAAACCUUGUGUUAAAAUCGACUGGCUAGUAUUUAAAAAAAUUUAUUUAUUUUUUUCUUUUUUUAUUCAAACAUGUUCAGGGACCAAACUCUAUUUUUUUCAAAUUAUUUAAAAAUAUGUGUUUUGACAAGGAUCUGUUUCAACUAUGAUAAGAAAUUUUGAUAAUAAAUAAAAAAAUACUUUGAAAAGGGUAAGGAGGAAAUUUUUCGCUCAUUUUUCUCUCUUCUGAUCGAAGAACUAUUGUCCUUUGUUUUCAAGGAAAGGAAAAAUGAGAAGUACUCUCAUUUUGAAAUAAAACAGAAAAAAGUGAAAAUAGAUGACGAAAAACGGCUCCUGCAAUAUUUAAAUACCGGCAUCAGUGUCUGCGGUGCAUACACAACGACGCACACCCGCACGAUUCCUUUCAAAAAGUAAAAAUUUUUGCUUUUUUGCUAUAUUUUUCGCGUAUCCAGCAGGAUUCUGAAAGAUAUGUAGAAGUUGGCAAGCUGUGUCAUUUGGAAGGCGUUUGGCCACCUUCUGUAAACCUUCUAGACACCUUUCAAGGAAGAUAAACCAGAAAAUUUCCAACACCUUCCCAGGUUUUGCCUGAAUCAUUGCGUAGACUAGAUUUUGGACUUUCCCUUUUUUGAGGUUAAAAAAUGGACCACAAUCUUCACAAAGAAAAAUUUCAUUUACAGUUAGACGAUCUGCGAGUACAGUACCAGGUCCCUCACUACUCAAUGGCGACGGUGUUCGUCAACAAUCCCGGAAAUCUGUCAGAUCCUAGAAGACUCAGCAAGUUGAACUCCUUGGUAAGAGACAUGGAGAGUCUCGAAGGCAGCUGGGGAACGUCGUGGGGUCCUGUCGGGACCAAGUAUUUCAUGCGAGAUUUCGCCGUCUUCCAGACUUGUCCGUUUUCUUUUUCUUGUUUGCAAUAGUCUCAAUUUCGAUUGUAGCAUUUGGUGAUGACGAUGAUGAAGAGGAGCCGACGGAUGACACGGAACUGAACACAACUCCUACUCCUUCGCUUCUGGUUUUACUCUGCUUUUUUUUUGAAUUUUGAUUUUUCCUCUUAGGACAAAGACAUGACGUUCAAGGCAGACGAGCUGAAGUACUUCCUCAAGUGGCCUGAGUAUGACUUCUGGCAAGGCUUCGUCAAAUUGAGGAAUGCCACCAACGCCACUGACCCAGAGUCUCUUGUUCACAUCCAAUCCAAGUGCAACUCCUUUCCGUGUUUAGAGACCAAGUUCUCGAUCGAUUCUUCUUCACAACGGGUUAUCACGGCAAGAACUUGUCCGUUUGGACACAACGAGGCAAAAUGCUCACCCAGUGGAGGAAGACUGUUGACAAAUAUCCGUAAGCUUUUCUAUUCACUGCAAACCUCGCUUUUUACCGUUGAUUUAAUGCUCACAAAGAUAUUAUGCAUUUGAACGGAGUUUUGUACAAAUCCUUCAGUCAUUUUUUUUGACUAUAAAAUCUCUCAAAUUUCAGUGGUCGACGUUCGUGAAAAGUUUGUUUUGGAAUACAAACUCGGACCUCGGUAACGCAAAGCGGACGAUUCCGAGCAAUUCUAGGGAUCCCUUAAGAGUAAUGACGCUGCUAAAGUGGUCACUAGAAAUGUUCAGGAAGUUCAAGGCGCGUCUGGUUUGCGUUACCAAGGUCCGAAGAUUUUCUAAUUGGCUGGAAUUUUUUUUUUGGGGGAGCGGUUUUUAGGAAAUUUGGCGACCAAAAGGGGAGCACCUGAAAAUGUAUAUUUCCUUUCAUAGGGUCCCUAUGAAACCCCCUCAAAGGACCCCUCAAAAAGGAUCCAUCAGAACAUCGAAAACUAAUCAGACACUUCAAAAAACCGACUGUAAACAACCAAAGUUCUAUUAAAAUACUAACUUAGCCGAUCCCAACCAAUCAAAAAGCGGUAGAUGAAAUUAACACAUAAAAAGAUAUUUCCUAGUGGUGACUGUUCUCAAUUUUGAAGAGAGUUUGGGACGGCAGUUUUCCACGAAGACGGCGUAUACCUGGACCUCAUCGACAACAUGCCGACCGACACCUGGCAGUCGGUCCUCGGAACUCUGGUCUGCAUGGCCUUCGUCUGUUUCGUCUUCCUCAACAACUUCUUCACGGUCGCCAUUGCGAGUCUCUCCGUUCUUUCGAUUUGCGCAGGUUCACCUGUUCACUAGUUAUGCGAAACAUGCUUUUACCUCAGGAAUCCUGGGGAUCCUCUCGUGGUGGGGCGUUGACCUCGACCCGAUCACCAUGGCCGCCAUGAUCAUCUCCAUCGGAUUCUCCGUCGACAUUCCCGCCCACGUCUCCUAUCACUACUAUCAAGCUUGUAAGCCAACUUUUAUGACUCGAAAACUGUCAUUUUUGUUAAAACUGAACCAUACCGUCGAACAAAUUUGAAAACUGUUCAUUCUAAGAAAUCUGAGCUCACAGAAAAAAAAACUCAGAAAAGUUAGUUCGAAAGCAAAAACAGCUCGGAACUUAGCAUUCCAGAAUGGUUCCUAUAGGGGUUAGGGUGAAAAACAGCCCGUAUAUGGAUCGAAAAAGGGGUCCCUAUACGUAGGGGGCGCAAAGCCCCGCCCCUUCAUGCCACCAAAAUGACGAUUUUUUUGUUGCAGAAACGGUUUUGAGGCAUUUAUACUAACUAAAGUUCUAUCUUAAAAAAUAACUAUUUCUGAAAACUUAUGUAAUGGACAACGCUCUACAAGACGGAAUCUUUUUGAAACCAUGUAUUUUUUUCAUAAAUAAGCGAAAAAAAGUAGGACUUAACUCGAAAAAAACUGACAAGUUUCAUCAAAAAUCGUCGCGUUCCAGAAAACCAAGUGAGGAACGCUUCUAAAUUUUGAGUGUGUUAUCCAUUAACACUUUUUUUUGAGUAAAAAUUUGAAAAAAUCAAACGACGCGAAAAAAAUAACGGCUUUAAAACCUCGAAAAAAUGUCAAUUUUUUUUUGAAAUUUUGGAAGAAUUCGUGCAAGCGUUCGUAGCUGUGUUUGCGUCAAACACACCGAUACGCCAUUUUAAAACUUGAUACCGUAAAAUUCGAAUUUCACGGUCUUUCUUGAUAUUUCACUCUUCAUUAGCUUUUUCUUCCCAGUUAAAACUAAAAUCAGUCAGUCUCAUUUAAUUACCCUCGAAAUUAUCCCAUGGAGUGCAUUUUCCCCAGAUUUCUCACUUGCUGACUUAGCUGGAAAAUUUUAUUGAAGUGAUACCACAUCAUUCACAUUUUUGACUCAAAAAUCUAAUCGACAUCAAAAUUUGGAAGAAGAAAGGAAGAACUCAACUAUUUGCAGCGAUCCAAGAAGGACCGCUGUCGAGACCAUCGUCCAGACUGGCCAACUGUCUGUCUUCGGUGGCGUUCCCAGCCCUACAGGCGGCUCUCUCGACCAUCCUCUGCGUGUGUAGUUUGCUCUUCGUCAACCUCUACAUGGCCGAAGUUUUCGUCAAGACGAUGGUCUUGUGCGUGGUGCUGUGUAACCUCCACGGACUCGUUUUUCUUCCCGCAAUUCUAAUAACUCUCGAUUCGAUUCGAUGGGCCUGCCGUCCAAAAGGUGACUUUCAUUAAAACUCACCAGUUCGUCUUCAUUUCAAUACAAAAUUGGUUUUAGGCGCUGCAGCACAAAGACCGAAACCGAAAGGCAACUCACGGCAAAAACAAAAAAACUCUAAGGUUUGUUAAUUGCAAUUUUUUUAAAUUGAAAUUUGAUUUGAACAUCGAGGUCUGUUCAAUGAAAACGGUCUGUAUUGUCUGUGCUCUAUUAUCUUUCACCUGUCCUUUUUUUCAUCUUAAAUUUUCAAUCAUUUUCUAGACACUUGAGAGAAAAAGAUUUGUUAAUGUAAGAAAAUUCGAAGCCAAAACAGGGUGGGCGGAGUCGAAAUCUCCGUUGUUCCCACGUGACAUCAUGGGAACGGCAGAGAUUUCGAGGCAAAUAAAAGGUGCAGGCCACCUUAUUGCCAGAGUUAUUGAGACGAAUCAAAUUUUCUCUACAUAAACGCAAUUUGUCUGCGGGAAAGCGGCGCGGUGCAUGCACACCACACACGACACUUUACGGACAAAAUUGGGCGUGGCGUUGUCGAAAAAACGCUGGAAUAUUAAGGAAGUAAGAAAAACAUUUCUGUGGCCAUUUCGGUUGUCUAUGAAAUUGGGAAACUACUUUUUCAUUCAAAAAGGUCUGAAAGUCGAACAGUUUAAAAAAUAACGUGAUGAAAUUCUUUUAAAAAAUCUGGAAGCUCAAGCUUUCAAAAAAAAAUAUGGAAAAAUGUUAAUUACAGAUACAGCCGGCGAAGAGCAGCGUCACCGACAGGCCUGAGGUCUAG